CUAGGAGGCAACCCCUCCACGUACCCUUCGUCAUCGGACUUUGCAGCGGGAUAGACUCUUAACUCCCGAGGCGCAACUCCACAGCUUGCAAGUCCCUGAAGAGUUGAGACUGAUAAUUUCUAUUUAACCCAGACGCUUGCCUGGCCUUUUCUUGAACCCACUCGACUCUUCCACAUACCAAGAUAGCAAUCUCCAACAUCUGCAACUGCAACUACACAUACCAGACAACAUGCCCGAAAUCCUAGGAAAGCAAAUCGGCUCCACCGGCUAUGGGCUCAUGGGCCUGACCUGGCGCCCAACUCCCCAGCCCGAGGAAGAGUCCUUCAAGGCCAUGAAAGCCUCCCUCGCUGCUGGCUGCAAUUUCUGGAAUGGAGGGGAGUUCUAUGGGACCCCAGAAAACAACUCUCUUACGCUUCUGGAACACUACUUUACGAAGUAUCCUGAAGAUGCAGACAAGGUCGUUCUCAGUAUCAAAGGAGGACUGAAAGAUAUGCACCCCGAUGGAAGUCCAGAGAACGUCCGAAGAUCGGUGGACACCUGCCUGAAGCUUCUGAAUGGCAAAAAGAAGAUUGACAUCUUCGAAUGCGCGAGAGUGGACAAGAACACUCCAAUCGAGACGACAUUGAAGGUACUUGAUGAGGAAUAUGUCAAGACGGGCAAGAUUGGAGGUAUUGCCCUGUCCGAGGUCUCGGCAGCUACGAUUGAAAAGGCUGUGAAGGUCACCAAGAUCGUGGCUGCUGAAGUGGAACUCUCACUGUGGGCAACGGACAUUUUCUCCAAUGGAGUGGCACAAUCUUGUGCUCGUCACAAUAUCCCUGUUGUUGCGUACUCACCUAUUGGCCGUGGAAUGUUGACAGGACAAAUCACUAAGCCAGAAGAUAUCCCAGAAGGGGAUUUCCGCAGGACGGUACCUAGAUUCUCUCCAGAGAAUUUCGGUAAGAAUCUGGAGCUUGUCAACGAAUUGGUGAAAUUCGCGAAGCAGAAAAACUGCACCCCAGCUCAACUAGCCAUUAGUUGGGUCAAGAGUCUUUCCAAGAAGGAUGGAAACCCAGAAAUCAUCCCUAUUCCAGGUGCGACAACUGUGGAACGGGUCGUUGAGAACUCGAAGGAUGUCGCAUUGAGUAAGGAGGAGCUUGCAGAAAUCGACUCGAUUCUGAAAUCGUUCACAGUAGUCGGUGGCCGAUACGGAGGCCCGGCAGCUCUGCAUAUUGAGGGCUGAAUUAAUUAGCAUAGUUUCAUGAAUUAAAAUGAUGAAUGCAGAAAGAUGCUUAUGUGCUCAGGAAGUUUGUAAUGACUGAGAAGUCUUCAGUGGCAGAAGCCAUCAGAAUUGC